AUGCGGCCCCGUCUUCCCCCUUCCUCCCCACCGGUUCCCAUCACCGUGGCCAUGGGGCGCGCGGGGGGGCUCCUGCUGCUGCCGCUGCUGUUGGUGGUCCCGGGGGGGGCCGGGGCAGGGGUUCCUGCCCCGCUGCGCCCCCCCGGAGGUGCUGGAAGGCGCCGGGUGCCCCCCGAGGCCGUGGUGCUGCCCCGAGGCAGCCUCAGGGUCCUGCAGGACCUGGAGCUGCUCCCGGGGGGGGAACAGGUCCCGUUGAGGCCGCAGCGCGUCCGGAUGUGGCUCCUGCCCGGGGAGGAGCAGAGCUUCCAGGUCCGGUUCCGCCGCCCUGAGGGACACCCCGUGGACCUCUACUACCUGAUGGACCUGUCCUACUCCAUGCGGGACGACCUGGAGACCAUCCGUGGGCUAGGCAGCGACCUGAUGGACACCCUGCGCAACUUCAGCUCCUCCGUCCGCAUCGGCCUGGGCUCCUUCGUGGAGAAGCCGGUGCUGCCGUUCAGCAGCGCGGGGCCGCGGGCCGGGCCCUGCCCGCGCCGGGGGGACCCGUGCGAGCCCACGGCCGCGUUCCGGCACGAGCUGGCGCUGAGCGACCGCGCCGGGGCCUUCACCGAGCGCGUGCGGGGGCUGCGAAGCGCCGCGAACCUGGAUGCGCCCGAGAGCGGCUUCGACGCCGUGCUGCAGGCGGCCGUGUGUGGGCACCGCCUGGGCUGGGGCUCCCCCACCCGGCUCCUGCUCUUCUGCUCCGACGACUCCUGGCACUCGGCGGGGGACGGGAAGCUCGGGGGCCUCCCCCUCCCCAGCGACGCCCGCUGCCACCUGGACGCCAGCGGCCGCUAUGGGGCUCAGCACCGCCACGACUACCCCUCUGUGGGGCUCCUGGCGCAGGUGCUGGAGGCCGCCGACAUCCAGCUCAUCUUCGCUGUCACCCGGCCCGUGGUGCCCCUCUAUGAGGAGCUCAGCCGGGAGCUGCCCCGGGCCGUGGUGCGGGAGCUCCGCGGCGACUCCAGCAACGUCCCGCGGCUCCUGGCGGAUGCCUACGAGGCUCUCGCGUCCACCGUGGAGCUCAAGCACUCGCCGCUGCCCCCCAACAUCAGCCUCAGCUUCGAGUCUCACUGCGGGGGUGCCCCCGCUCCCCCCCGGCCCCACGGCGGCCUCUGCAGCGGUGUUCGAGUCAAUCAGGAGGUGACGUUCACGGUCCGGGCUCGCGCCGCCUCGUGCCCUCUCCCGCGCAGGCGCGUGACGCUGCGCGUGCCGGGCCUCCAGGGGGCGCUGCAGCUGGAGCUGGGCGCGCGCUGCCCGUGCCCCGGCGCCCCCCGGCGGGAGCGAGACCCGCGCGCCACGGAGGGAACCCGGAGUGCAG